CUGCCCAGUUCUGAAGGCAGCGCUGCCGCCAGCAGCAGCGCAGAAGUAAGGGUAGAGGUACCACAACCCCCCCACAAUAACCUUAUGACCCCCCCCUCACAACUCCUUUAUGGGCCAGGCCCCCUAAAAUUACAACACUGUGAAAUUUCAGAUUUAAAUAGCUGAAAUCAUGAAAUUUACUAUUUUAAAUUCCUAUGACCAUGAAACUGACCAAAAUGGACCACAAAUUUGGUUGGACCCUAACUAAAGGUGGCCACUCUUGGGAUGAACCUGGAAACACUGACAGCAGAUUUUGUAGAAUCAGAGAAUCUCAGGACUGGGGGCCCUUGAGAGGUCACCUCAUCCAGCCCCUGCACACAAUGUCCCUUUCCGGGGCAACCCGGAUGAUAGACUAUAAAAUGAAAAGUUUUAAACAUUCUUUAAAAUGUAACGAUGGAGGAAAGUUACAACUCCCAAGCUCCAGCAAUAAUGCACAGAAAUUAGCUCCAAGGAACUAUGGGAUUUCUUGGAAAUUUUCUUCCCCUUUCCAAAGCUGCCCCCCACCCCUCCACUGUGGCCAUUUAAAAAUGUCUGCUCACCACCGGCUGCUUUUGUGGUGGAGGGGCAGUGUCUGGCGGGUGACAGAAAUCCUGAAACACACAUGCACGUCCGUAUUGGGGCAAGCUUUGAAUUGGGCAUGAAAGGGUUAUUUGGGCAUGAAAGGGUUAUAAACUGCUUUCCAUGGCGUUUGGGCUGGGGACUGCCAUCAGUGAAACAGAGACAGGCUGCAGGUAAGGAGGCUGCGGGUUUUUCUCCUCUUUCAGCCUUAGCCUCGGGUGGGGGGUGCGGCAAACAGCUUGUCUGGCAGUUGUACAGAUUUGGUUCUGGGGGGUGUAGGGGCCUCUACGUCCGGGCUGUGCAAACGGAGGAAAUAUCUGGUUGCGCUGAGAGGCCCUGCUCCAGGGGCAGAGCGUUAGCAUGCAGCAUUGUGCAGCUACGCAGAGCAGGGCUCCUCCAUUUUAUUCCCCCCCCAGAGAAGCUUUUCAUAUUUAGCUCGUUUUCCUGUCCAUGAUCCCCACGGGGAGGUUGGCUCCUGCCCCUGCUCUUCCCCCUCUGAUCUCCAGGGAGGAGUGCCAGUGAAAUGGAAAGCGAGACAAACGGAGUUGAGGAAAAGAAGAGUCCCUGUAGCUGCUUUGUUCCUGAUGAGGCUGGGCCCUGCAGAGAGAGCAAGCAAGGUUCUAAUUGCAGUUUAACUACCAAAUCCAGAUUGGCCCAAUACUGAUGUACAACCCUGCAUGGAAUUUAGCUCUUCAGUCUGAAUGUGCAAAUCUUCCUCCUGACGCUAAGCCUCCCUCUGGCCUCUCAUGGGAUACGCCUGUGCUACUCACGCCCCAUCUCCUUUGCGUCUGUCUCCAUUAGAGCAGCAGCUGCUCUGGGAAGGAAGGGCCAGAGCAGCAUGAAGCCUGUGGCAGUCCCAGCAGGUGGCCUGGACUCCCCACCAGCUGCUGAACCUGGGAGCAAACAUCUGCAUCCUGUGGGAUGGGGAAUGGCUGGUGGGGACUCUGCUCAGGCUCCAGUCACAUUUGAUGACGUCGCUGUCUAUUUCUCCGCAGAGGAGUGGGAGGAGCUAGCAGAGUGGCAGAAGGAGCUGUACAAGGACGUGAUGAGGGACAACUACGAGGCUGUGAUCUCGCUGGGCUGCGCUGCUGCCAAACCGGACAUUAUAUCCCAGCUGGAGCGAGGGGAAGAGCCGUGUGUCAGUGCUCACCAGGACUCCAGGGACAGACGCACCUCCGCAAAUGCAUCAUCUGCUGACACAGCUCUGAAUACAGCCUUCACAUCCUCACCACCCGGGCUUUCUCCUGCUCCCCCACUGUCUGAUCACAAAGUGGACCUCUCUCCAUCCCCUAUGCAUUCGACCAGCCUGUGGAUUUGGGAGGCACACCUAGGGCAUACAGACCAGGGAGAGAACAGCAUGGGCAGUGCCGAAUGCCUAGAGAGGCCCAGCAGUACGUCUCCAUGUGCAUUCAGUGGGGCAGUCCAUGACCAAGUAGAGAGUGAGGAGAAAGCACUGGACAGGGUGUUUUGCUCACCUCCAGCCUUGCCUGGCCUACAUCCACAUUCUGAGCAGAUCUAUGUACCUGGGCAAGUCCAGACAUUUGAAUCUGCUUCUCACACAAAUCGAGGAUCUGAGAAUAACACACCUAUGUUCAGAGCACAGAGAACUGAGCAUCCUGUAACUGAGCAGAAACCUGCCUCUGCAAACAGGCUGGAGAAAGAAUUGGGCAUCAUCAUCCAGGAGAUGCGGACAGCAAGAAUCCACCUGGCUAGCAUAGCUGGCUCGCUGCUGGCUUUGUCCUCGGCAUUCCUGCCAGCUCCUGUGGAUGGCACAGGUCCAUAGGGGAGAAUCUCAGAGCAGCAUAUUCUCUUAGAAACCUCUUCUGUGUUCUCACACUCAAA